CGUUGUUACAUUUGCGAAGCAACACUCGUAUCGAAUAACGCCUCUGCCACCAGGUCACGAUCUAAGUGACUCAAUAUGGUCAAACCAUUAAGCUUUAAAGGCGACAAGAAGCAUAAGAAGAGAAAGCGUGUUGAAGCAGAUCCUUCUGCUGAAAAUGCAGGUCCUAGCGGAGCAGUGGUGGCUACGACAGCAGACAAUGUAGAGAAUGACGAUACUUGGGUUUCGGCUGAUGUAGUAGGCGAUAUUCAAGGCCCAAUUCUCUUCGUACUUCCGACAGAACCCCCGACAUGUUUAGCUUGCGAUGCCAAUGGGAAGAUUUUCACUGACCCUAUCGUGAACAUUAUCGAUGCGAACCCUGCCAGUGCCGAGCCGCAUGAUGUCCGUCAGGUAUGGAUUGCGAACAAGAUUCACGGUACGGAAUUUUUCAGGUUCAAGGGUCGCUAUGGAAAGUACCUGAGCUGCGACCAGUACGGUAUCUUAAGUGCGACAUCUGAAGCUAUCUCCAGUUUCGAGACAUGGACGGUGAUUGCGACAGCUGACACACCGGGCACGUUCCAGAUUCAGACACAAAGGGAUACAUUUUUGACGACCAAGGAGUCAUCCAAGGCAAAUAGUACACCUGAAGUCCGUGGAGAUGCUACAGAGAUCAGCUUUGAUACAACACUAAGGAUUCGCAUGCAAGCUCGGUUCAAGCCUCGAAUCAAGGCAACGAAAGAAGAGAAAGCGAAAGAGAAGAUCAGCCGAAAGGAACUAGAGGAGGCUGUAGGUAGGCGGCUUGAAGAGGAUGAAGUCCGAAAUCUAAAGAGGGCGAGAAGGGAAGGCGACUACCACGAACAGUUGCUAGACUUGAAGACUAAAAACAAGCACGACAAAUACGGUUGAAGGACGCG